UUCUAUGGUGGUGUCAUGAUCGGAAAUCGAAAGACGUUGUCUUGAAAAUCGUUUAGAUUUAGUGUCGACUUUUGUCCGACUUUGAUGUGAAAGUUACCACUAAGCUAAUGCCAAAUGUUAGGCUUUAGAAUAGAAGCGUAGCGUUGGGAAUCAAAACUAUUGUGCCGAGUUUUAAAGCUCGUGAAAGAAUACUUCGUGUGUUUCGGAUCAAGUGUGGAAUUAUCUUUGGUGAAUGCGUCGAAUUUUACACUGACAUUGCUUUUUUAUACUGUCAGCGUGGUCUGGUAACCAUGACGAUGGAUGUAACGGUUAAGACUCUGGAUGGACAGAACAGAAGCUACAGCAUCCCAGAGAAUAUCACCGUUAAACAGUUCAAAGACAGAAUUGCUUCAUCCAUAAACAUAACAUCAGAUGUACAGAGACUUAUAUUUCAAGGCAGAGUUCUUCAGGAUGAGAAGCCACUGAAAGAAUAUGGUGUUCAUGGCAAGGUUAUCCAUGUUGUACAGAGACCACCGCCAGGUAGUCGACCCCCAACUUCAGAUAAUGCCACCACCACAUCCGCCACCAGUGGAUCAGGGGGAGGUAACUCCAACCUCAACAGCUUUGUGGUGGGCUCUUUUGCUCUACCAUCAGAUGUCAUGGAUGCCAACCAUGUUCAGAACAUUGUGCAGCAGGCCAUGAACAACCUUGGGGAGGUGGGACGCAACGCCAGAGUUUCCACACGCUCCUCUCCUGACGGAUCUUCGGCAGUUCACAUUAACUUGGGUCAAAUUCCUGUCCCUGUUGUGGUCAGCGAAUCAAGUCAGAGAAUCAACAACGCUAAGCGCAUGUUGAAGAAAGCCAAGGAAACUCUGGACAGAUUAGAGAGUCCACCAGAAGUUGCUAACAACUCGGAGACUGACGCCCAGUCUCCCAUGGAUACCAGCAAUGGCAAUUUCCCAAGUUCAGACUCCUCAGCAACUGGUCAGCAAAACAGCCAAUCAACAGCCCCAACUCAAACAACAACAACAACAACAGCAGCAACAGGUACCAGUAGCCAAUCAGAGGCCACAGCUGGAAAUUCAAAUGGAACAAGUCAGUCAACAAGUGGAGCUAGAAGAAAUCCUGAAGCAAGUCACCCACCAGCUACGGCUUUGGCAGACAUUUUGGAUGAGAUGUCAUCCAUCAAUCAGCGACUCCACCCUCACUUAGAAAGAUUCCAGACGAUUCUACGAGAAAAUCAAACAUUUACUGAUGAAAAUCGUGACGAGAGGACUGAUGCUCAGAGGACAUGUAAUAUGGUGUCAGAGGUGCUUCAUUACAUCAGCCAUUGUAACCAUAGCGUCAGUGACCUCAUGAUUGACAUGGGACAGGCUCCGCCCAGAGUCCUCAGAGCUCCGCCUUCUGCCCCCAUUGGCCAACCAGCGGCCAUUAUUCAGCAAGCCAUACCGGUACAAGCUCAGAUUAACAUAAGCAGCCCACACUUUCCGAGACGAGCAGGCCAAAGCACUACCACGACGGCUACAGGCUCCACCCCUGGAAACAGGCCGACGCCCACUACAGCAUCAGCUGCAGGCACUACUAGCUCACAAACACAGCCUACGCAGACAACCAGUAUACCAACAGGUCAUGGUCACACCCAUAGUCACACCCAUUCACACGGCCGCUCCCAUCUCCCUGGCAACAGUCAAACUGCAGCCACAUCCAGUCCAUACGUCUUCAUGGAAGUGGGCCCGGACUCGGUGACGAUUAACAGCAUAUCAGCUCAAGUUGUCACGUCAACCGUGGAUCCUUCGAGUACCGGAGGUUCCACAAAUGCAACACCCCAGACAGGUUCAACAACAGCUUCACCAUCCACUGCAGCUACAACAGCAUCAGCAACAACAACAACAACAACAGGUAAUUCCAGCUCCAGCAGCACACAAGCACCACCUAGGACAAUCAAUAUACCACUGGGCACUGAGGCUCAUGUGAUGGAUCUGGGCCCUAACUUCAUGCAGAACUUAAUGCAGAUGAUGACACAGUUCGUGCCACAGGAGAUGACUGGUGGUAGGCCAGUGAUCGGCAUUCCUGGACACACAAUGACCACAACCAUUGGUACACAGGCAACAUCCACACCAGGGGGAGCUACAACAUCCACACUAGAGGGAGUUACAACAUCCACACCAGGGGGAGCCACAACAUCCACACCAGGGGGAGCCACAACAUCCACACCAGGGGCAAGGAUAACAACCGCAGGUCAAGCUACAACAACUGCAUCUUCAACUACAGCUGCAGGGACAGGAUCUGUUCCCGUCUCUCUGGCCGGGUCCUUCGGAGCGUUUGUGCCCCCUGGGGUGCGAAUAGGCAACGGCAGCAUCCCGAGGCCUCAAGGACCUACCAGUAUUCGCUUCCCUGCUGGGCAGACAGGACAAGCUUUCCACGGCCUGCACCCAGCUUCCUUUAUGAUACCUGGUGGUGGGAUGCCUGGGCUAGGGCGCCCCGUGGACCCUUACUUACCAUGUCACUCCCGACACUUUCUUCUUAACCAGAGCUUGGCUAACGAGGCAGCGCAAGGAAGACAGUCACCCGAUUCCUCAUUAGCGGAUGUUGUGACAAAUUUGGUACAGGGUUUGAUCGGCCAAUCAGUGCAGGCUCCAGGCAAUCCGCAAGCUGGACCAACGAGUAGUACCUCAGCCACAUCCAGUGAUGGUAACAGUACAGCGCCGUCUAGUGGGGCCAACACAACAACGACUCCUGCCCAGCCUGGGCCGAUACCUGCCAACGCCUUCGCAGGACUGUUUGCGGGUAUGCCGUCUGGCCAAGGAAGUGGAGCUACAUGGCAGAAUGACAUGGCGCAGAUGCUACGAGGUGUCAUGCAGCAGGGAGCGCAAAGUCAAGGAGGGGGCCCCAUGGCAGGCAGUUCUAACUCAAGCUCCGCGCCCAGGUCUGGGACAAGCUCCGGGUCCAACCCUGGAGCCUCGCUCACAGAUGAGGUCUUCACUGACCUUGUGUCAGGGAUUGGGGAUUAUGUGACGAGAUCGGCUAUGGGCCAGCAACCCCCAGGACACAUCGCAGACUUUGUCAACAGGAUUGGGCAAAACCAUAAUAUCUUACCUGGAGAAGGAUUUUUGAAUGACAUUUUCAUGUGUCUGGCACGUCACAUGACAUUCCCCGACCUGAUUACUGUGUUUUACGGACAGCCCCAGCCUUUGACUCGUCUCAGGGGCCCUCUGAGGGAGUUUAUACGCGACAGGGUACUUCAAGGGGCAGAAUACUCUGCCAGGAACGUCAACGAGUCUGUGGAUAGGCUGGUGACAGAGUUCCAACCUACCAUUAGAGAGGCUUUAGAGGGAUCUAGUGUCCGUACAGAUAUUGAUGUGAUAGGGACAAUCAACAACUUCACCCGUCAGCAGCUGGUGACAUUGAUUCAUCUGAUCAUGAGGAGUAGAGCGGAUGACCCAAGCUUUGGCCCUGAGCUCAUGGACUGUUGUCGUCGUAUCUUAGGAGAGUUCAUCGUCUUGGGCAGAUACUGCUUGACUGGUGGAAUGUCUGCUUUCGAAAGAAUCGUUCAAGAAAGAUUGCGUCGAGAGACUGCUGGCAUCAAUCCCAUGAUACAGCAGUGGAUGGUUGGCAUGUCGUCACAACAACUUUCCAAUAUUUCCAACACGGUAAACAUCAGUGAAGACUCUGUACGUCAGUACGUGGUUGAAAACUCACCUGAGGUCACGCCAGUGUCGUCAACGGUCGACAGUCGGGACGAAUCCACUGUGACAUCGACGCAGAGAGUCCAGGACAGCGGACCAAUAAGAACAGCCCAGAGACCUGUGUCAGCACCUGUGGUCAGAAGCCCUGAGGCAAUGGAAGUAGACUGCCCCGGAGCGCCUCCGUCAGCUCAGGGCAAUGUGACCUCCUCCACCGGCCAACCUUCCCAGAAUGCACGCACCCGAGCCUCGGAAGCCUCCCCCGCCAGUUCCACAGCUAACGUCUCGGCCGCCGGGGUGAGGCAAGAAGACUGGCACAAUCUUGUACCAGCUGAUUGGGUGCCAAUCAUAACAGCUGACGUGGAGAGACAGAGAAGACACGCCCCUCAGAGUCCGUACAGCGACGCCUACCUCAAUGGGUUGCCCUCCAAGAGGAGAAAGAUGAUGACUGAUGACAAACCUCGAGAGGAUUUAUCACAAGAGGGAGAGUUCAUUCCUGAGGCGUUGAAGAGGGCAGUUGCCGCGGCGAGGGUCGAGCCAAUCAGCAGCCUGGAGAACAUGGUGGCUGAGGCAUCUGAAGACAGUGCUUUACAAACGGCAUUCCAAGGUCAAGUGGAGGGCAUGAUUCGAACACGUCUUCAGACGGACACAGACUUUAGCUCCGAGAAAUAUCCGAACUCAGAGGAAUAUUUCAAGCAGGACAAGAAAUAGCCCCGUAGAACUAUUCACGUUAGCUGAAUUAUUGUAAUAAAUGUGUUAGCUGGAAAGCAAUGUGUACAGCGUAAUUGGAUGAUACUCCAAGUUGUUCUGAACAUUUCGUAAUCAGGAAUUCCGGACUUCCCACUACAGUAAUUAAGACUAUCUGAAAGGUAAAUACGAUAUGGCUUUAGAAGUUAAAACAGUAACGACCUUGUACGCUUCUUCAUCGCGAUUUCUUGUCGACCGAAAUUUCCAAGUUGAAGUGCAUUCAGGCAGUUUUGUGACAUUUGAUAACUCGGGCUGUACUUGAAAGUGUGAUAGACAGCUAAGUGUGAAGGUUGUUUUUUUUCAAGCCAGUUGUCAUUAGAAAGGUGGAUCAGAAUUGAGUCAUGGUCACAAGUUUAAUUUUUGUGCAGUGUUAUCAGAACUGAUAAUCCCAAGUGUGAUUUGUCUGACCAUAUCUGUUUUGAAAUACAGUUAGAAUUAAUACUCCCCAGCAUUUGUUGAGAUGAGGAAAAGUUUAUAUGAUGAAAAUUUCA